CGUUGGGCCCGACUCGUUAGCUUCCCAAAUAUUACACCCAGAGAACCACCGAGAGAGAGAGAGAGAGAGAGAGAGAGGGAGAAGAAGAAGAGUCUCAUCUGAGUCUCUCGUUGUGGACUCAUCUCCGCAGGUUUCAGGUUAAAUAUGGAUUCCAACAGGCGUCAAGGUGGAAUUCAACAGUUGUUGGCUGCUGAGCAAGAAGCUCAGCACAUCGUUAAUGCAGCUAGGAAUGCAAAAAUGGCGCGAUUAAAGCAGGCAAAAGACGAGGCAGACAAGGAGGUUGCAGAAUUUCGUGCGAAAAUGGAAGCUGAGUUCCAGAAGAAGGUUGCGCAGAGUGCCGGGGACUCUGGAUCAAAUGUCAAGCGGCUCGAACAAGAAACAGAAGCUAAGAUCGAUCGUCUUAAGUCUGAAGCCGGGAAGAUAUCACAUGAGGUUGCCCAUAUGCUUCUGAGGCAUGUUACUUCCGUUAAAGUCUAGGUUUCAUCGUGUUUGUCGUUCUUUAUUCGGACGGAAACAUGUUAAAAACCGAUCAUUUGGUCUAUUCAAUCCGAACCGAACUUAUGGAGAAUGUGUACCUUCAAUAAGCCAAGUCAAUCCUUGUUCAUGAGGAUGUUGUUUUGUUUAAUUUGCAUGUUUGAAUCAUUGUUCUUAUGAGUUGUACAUUCAUCUCC